ACAGCUGUCCGCCAUUUUGUUUUAUUAAGUUGCUGCGUUAUUCCUUCCAGUUUUAAAAUCGUAUUUAAGCUUAAAUUAUUUCUUUUACUGCUUGAAAACAAAGUCAUACACGAUGGGAUGUGAUGGUGGUACAAUUCCAAAGCGAGAUGAACUCGUUCGCAUGAAGAAAAAACCUGAAAAAGUCGACAAAAACUUCGAGUUGAACGCGAGAUGGUUCCACUGUGCUAUCAGCCAAGAGCAACUUAACCCUCCUGUCGUAUCCUGUGAACUUGGAAAUCUUUACAACAAAGAAUCAUUACUAGAAUUCCUUUUAGACAAAGCCUCUGCUACCUCAGGUAUAGCCAAGCACAUCCGUAGCUUGAAAGACGUGAAAGAACUGAAGCUUACAAAGAACCCUGCAUUUGACGAGAAAUUAAAGGGCGAACAAGCUGAUGCGUAUCAGGAUUUUCAGGCGAGUCGUUACAUUUGUCCUGUCGUUGGAAUCGAAAUGAAUGGACGGUACAAGUUCUGCUUCUUGUGGAAGUGUGGUUGUGUGUUUUCUGAGCGUGCACUGAAAGAGGUGAAGUCUUCUGUUUGCCAUAAAUGUGGGCAAAGUUUUUCCGAUGAGGAUGUCGUCAUAAUUAAUGGAAGUGAAGAAGAAUUUGAAACCAUGAAAACUAAGAUGCUAGAAAGAAGACAAAAGGCAAAAAUUGAUAAGAAGUCACGAAAAAGUAAAGCUACAGCUACAGUUUCUUCAGAAGCUUCAAGCUCAAGUUCUGAGUCAUCAACAUCACAAGCAGACAAAGUUUUUAAACACCCAAGUACGACUGAGGUUGAAAUACCUACAAAGAAAGCAAAAGUGGACAGUAUGCCUCAAGUCAAUGGUGCCGUAGGAUCUGCUAGUUCAUCUAAGAAGACAAAAUCUAAAGGAAAAGAUCCCAAGAUUAAUAUGAAAUUACCAGAGCUGUCCAAGUAUAAGACUGUUGCCGAGGACCCUAAUGCAAGUAAAGUGUACAAGUCUCUGUUUGCCUCGGGGCAUGAGAAAAGGCCUGAACACUUAAAAUCCAAUUGGGUUACAUAUCACGCUUAUGGUGGAUAUCAUGUUUAAAGACAAAAUGCUCUCAAACUAUUUCCAUUCAAUAGGAAGCUCCUAUAGAUACUAUUGAUAAAGGGCUUAUAGUACAUUUCAUUGCAGGUACAACUAGAUCAUGGUCUACCAUAUUGUACCUUACAACAUGACUCAUAGCAUGGAGCAUAGGAUACCUUUGGGCUAGUUGUAGAUUUUAUUUUGUUAAAAAUUCAUACUAAUGCCAUACUUUUGGUGGUACUAUAGCGAUACUUCCUGUAAAAUGAGCCUUUUGUUUGCGUACCUUGUGACAACCAGAAAUUGAUUGGCUGGUAAAACAAAGGACCUACCAAAACCUUUUUUGAAAAUGAUUGGCAUAUUAUUGUCACAAUGCUUUUUGUUAGUAAACAUAAAGUAUUGCCAUUCUGUAAAUAUACCAUAUCAGAGGUUAAGAUAACGGCUGGACAUUGGACAGUGUCUGACCAGAACUGUGACUUUUUGGUCAAAUCUUUGCUUUGCCAGUCAUUUUGACCAGUAACGUUUUCGCCAUAGAUGAGUUAUGACUGAGCUAAAACUAAUUUGGCCUCCGAUCAUGAACAGUGACUGAUCAGCUGUUAUUUUAAGCCCUGCAAUAUAUUAUGUGAUUAUAACUGAAAAAGCCUAUAUGUAUUUAAGUUUUCCUUCGUAUUAGGCAACUGACAACUUACUGUUAGAUGCAAGCAAAUGAGAAUGAUCUGUGAUAUAAAUAAAGCUUUGAGGUUAUAAUACUAGA